GAACAAGAGCCGCUGAUACUAUGAUCAUCUCAUCGUGGAAGGCUACCUACCAAGUACUUUGUCACCAACCAAGUACGGCCAGCUACCGUGCUCACGCACACCAAGAAGAACAGGCCAGAAUCUCGGUGUCAUCAUUCAAAAUGGCACGGGAAUAUGCUAGCUCCUGGAUGGAUAAUUCGGUGGCAGCAAUGACGAUUCCGAGAUUGCCGUCAUCUUCUCGAAUGCAGCCCUUCUUCAUCUCCGAGACGCUAACGUGGUCUAUAGAAAUACUGCGAUCUCGGAGUGUUCCAGCCCCGCAUUAAGCAUCCAUGAUCCUACUAUAUCUGACUGCAACACCACAUUGCCGACCACAUUCAUCAUCGAUCUCUUCUUCACAGGCUAGGGACGACCAUACCUGUGUUACAAUCAUGGCUACGAAACGUUCUGCUGCGCUUCUUUCGUCAAACUUCGUACUUAGACCUCAUGGCAUUAUAACUUCUAGACCUCGGCUAUGUCUUCGAGCUUCAGGUGGCCAGGGACGCAGAUCCUUCUCGUGUACCAGACGACAACAGAUCAUGGAGAUGAGCGGGUUUACCGAGGAGCAGUUGACCGUACGGGAAGCAAUACAAAAGAUUUGCGCUCAAUUCCCGAAUGAAUAUUGGCAACAACAUGAUCAAUCGGAGACCGACCCCAAAGAACUGCAUGCCGCUCUUGCCGCUGAUGGAUGGCUUGGUAUUGCGCUCCCUGAGGAGUUUGGAGGUGCUGGCCUCGGCAUCUCUGAAGCGACCAUGAUGCUGCAAACUAUAUCUCAAUCUGGUGCCGGCAUGGCAGGAGCUCAGUCCAUCCACGCAAACGUCUACGCAACGCAGCCAUUGGCCAGGUUUGGCAACCAGGAUCAACUCGAAUCAACCAUACCAAACAUCAUCAGCGGCAAAUGGAGAGUCUGCUUCGGCGUUACUGAGCCGAAUACUGGUCUUGAUACCCUCAAAUUGACGACGACUGCCACCCGCAAAGGCGAUAAAUAUAUCAUUACUGGUCAGAAGAUAUGGAUCACUUGUGCGCAGGUCGCUUCCAAGAUGAUUUUACUGGCCAGAACAACACCUCUCGAAGAGGUCAAGAAGCCCAGCGAGGGUCUGUCGAUGUUCUGCAUAGAUAUAGACAGGUCCAACCCUGCCCUUGAGCUCAAGAAGAUCAAGAAGAUGGGCGGCCGAGCCGUUGAUGCAAACGAGGUGUUCUUUGACCGUUAUGAGGUUCCCGAGAACUCACUCAUCGGAGAGGAAGGCCAAGGUUUCAAGAUUAUUCUACACGGGAUGAACGCCGAGAGAUGUCUCCUGGCAGGAGAGGCACUUGGUCUUGGAUACGCGGCUGUUGAGAAGGCCGCGAAGUACGCUCGUGAAAGGGUGGUCUUCGGCAGACCAAUCGGUAAGAAUCAAGCUAUUGCCCACCCCCUCGCGGAUGCGUACAUGAAUCUCGAGUCGGCAAAACUGGCGACAUAUCAUGCGGCUCGGCUGUACGACCGCAGCAAGGCGGACAAGUCGAUUACUCCUUAUGCCGUCGGAGUAGCUUGCAACAGCGCCAAAUACUUGGCUGCGGAAGCAGCUUUCAAGGCCUGUGAGAGAGCCGUGAUGACGCACGGCGGGAUGGGCUAUGCCAUGGAAUAUGAUGUUGAGCGAUAUCUGAGGGAGUGCUUUGUCCCAAGAAUUGCGCCUGUCUCUCGCGAAAUGAUACUCAAUUUUGUGAGCGAGAAAGUGCUGGAACUGCCGCGGAGCUAUUAACGAGAUAGUUGGGUAGCUCCUCGGUACAUGUUGUGAGUUGUGGCGAGGCUCCGUAAAAGAUGAUGAAGGUUUCUUCGAAGUUUCAAGGACAAGGCUGCAGAAUGCGGGGGCGAACUCGGGCAAGUUUUGACCAAAAUAAAUUUAUUCCCCGCA